AUGACUCUUCCUAAAUUGUAUAAAGUUUGUGGCAUACAAAUUUGUGAUCACAGGAAAGCCUUUGACUUGUAUCAAAAGUCUCUUAGAAAUGGUUAUGUUACGGCGUAUCAAAUACUUGGUGAUUGUUAUAAUAUCGGAAUGGGAACUAAUAUUGAUGAAGAAAAAGCGUUUGAAUACUAUCAAGUGGCUGCAAAAAAUAAAUUGAAUAGUAAAUAUGGCUUUACAAAUAGAUAA